AUGCCAUGGGCAGCGUUUGUGCGAGGAUGCAAAUGCAUCUGUAGACGAAAUGAAUUGAGGCAAUUCAUGGUCCCAGUCGUGUUUGAUUCUAAUAGUCGAAAGAAAAACGUUGAGGGCUGUAAGACUUCCACUAAAAAGAUGAGGCCACUGAGGCUUUGCCAAUAUUUUGCCGAGAAAUAUGGAAUAAUGCGUUUUACACUUGUUUGUAGGCAGAAAUGUAAAAGUGACUUCAGUAUUUCAUGUCCUACUUAUGCCAUUUUAAGAGCAUGGAAACGAUGA